AUGGCCAAGCAGCUGAGCCGGGAGCAGGGCAUCACCCUGCGGGGCAGCGCCGAGAUCGUCGCCGAGUUCUUCUCUUAUGGAAUCAACAGCAUUUUAUAUCAGCGUGGGAUCUACCCCUCGGAGACCUUCACACGUGUGCAGAAAUACGGGCUCACUCUGCUCGUAACUACAGAUCCUGAACUGAAAAACUACCUGAACAACGUGGUAGAACAGCUAAAAGACUGGUUAUGCAAGUGUUUAGUACAGCGGCUGGUGGUGGUAAUCUCUAGUAUUGAAAGCAGUGAUGUUCUUGAAAGGUGGCAGUUUGACAUUGAAUGUGACAAGACUGCAAAGGAUGAGAGUGUACCAAGAGAGAAAUCUCAGAAAGCUAUCCAGGAAGAAAUUCGAUCUGUUAUCAGACAAAUAACUGCCACAGUAACAUUUCUGCCUUUGUUGGAAACAUCCUGUGCCUUUGACUUACUCAUUUACACAGACAAAGAUUUGGCAGUGCCAGAAAAAUGGGAAGAGUCAGGACCACAGUUUAUUGCCAACUCUGAAGAGGUCCGUCUUCGUUCCUUCACUACCACCAUUCACAAAGUAAAUAGUAUGGUGGCCUACAAAAAGGAUUCUUUUCCUUGACGGAAUGAAUAAUGUGGUCAGUGUCCAUAAACUGCCUUCUUGUAAAGCUGACACUAUGAACUGUAGUUUCAUCCUGAACCGUAUUUUGUGU